CCCGGAGCCGGCCUUCGGGAAGUGCGACCGGGGAGGAGGCCUGGGCCCGCGGGUCUGCAGCAGCGGGGGAGCCGCGGGCGGCCCGCGGGAGGGAGCAGAAGUCCCGGGACGGGCGCGGGCGGCGGCGCGAGCAGGGCGGGCGAGCUCCAAGCUCCCUCCCCAUGGCCGGGAGCGGGCCGCGGCGACGGCGGAGGCGCUGACAGGCCCCGGGCAGGGCGGGGCAGGCAGGCCCGGGCGGGGGCCUGGGGCCGAGGGGAAGAUGAGCGCCCUCCUAGAGCAAAAGGAGCAGCAGGAGAGGCUGCGGGAGGCCGCGGCCUUGGGGGACAUUCGGGAGGUGCAGAAACUGGUGGAGAGCGGGGUGGAUGUGAACUCCCAAAAUGAGGUCAACGGCUGGACUUGUUUACACUGGGCAUGUAAACGCAACCAUGGUCAGGUGGUCUCUUACCUGUUAAAAUCAGGAGCUGACAAAGAGAUUCUUACCACAAAAGGAGAAAUGCCAGUCCAAUUAACAUCAAGGAGAGAAAUCAGGAAAAUUAUGGGAGUGGAAGAUGAUGAUGAUGACGAUGACACCCUCCCCCAGCUGAAGAAGGAGUCAGAACUGCCCUUUGUUCCCAACUAUUUGGCCAACCCAGCCUUCCCUUUUAUCUACACCCCCACAGCAGAGGAUUCAGCCCAGCUGCAGAAUGGGGGCCCCUCCACACCUCCUGCAUCACCCCCUGCAGAUGGCUCGCCUUCAUUGCUUCCCCCUGGGGAACCUCCCCUGCUGGGGGCCUUUCCCCGGGACCACACCUCUUUGGCACUGGUUCAGAAUGGUGAUGUGUCUGCCCCCUCUGCCAUGCUCCGAACACCAGAAAGCACAAAACCGGGCCCUGUUUGUCAGCCACCAGUGAGUCAGAGCCGCUCCCUGUUCUCUUCUGUCCCGUCCAAGCCACCAGUGUCUCUGGAGCCUCAAAAUGGGACAUAUACAGGACCGGCGCCAGCGUUCCAGCCAUUUUUCUUCACAGGAGCAUUUCCGUUUAAUAUGCAAGAGCUGGUACUCAAGGUGAGAAUUCAGAACCCAUCUCUUCGAGAAAAUGAUUUCAUUGAAAUUGAAUUGGACCGACAGGAGCUCACCUACCAAGAAUUGCUCAGGGUGAGUUGCUGUGAGCUGGGUGUUAAUCCAGAUCAAGUGGAGAAGAUCAGAAAGUUACCCAAUACUCUGCUAAGAAAGGACAAAGAUGUUGCUCGACUCCAAGAUUUCCAAGAGCUGGAACUGGUUCUAAUGAUAAGUGAAAAUAAUUUUCUGUUCAGAAAUGCUGCAUCCACAUUGACUGAAAGGCCUUGCUAUAACAGGAGAGCUUCAAAACUGACUUACUAAUGCAGCAGGGACUUUUGUGACGGUUUGUGUCACCUCUGGGCCAAGGACAAGCCAUUGAUUUAAAUUCCUUGGAUGCCCGGGAGGGCCCCUGGUGCCACUGCGCACUAUACACUAACAUUGUUCUGCCAAGGUAGGAAGCCCCUGACCCCCAAGCAGCGGUGCCACUCUUCCAAGCCUCUUGGUGCACAAUAAACCUAUUGCUUGAAGCUUUGAACAGCUGAGAAGUGGUCUGGAGAGGCAGAAGCCGAAGGUUCUAUAUCCAGUGUGUUUUACGUGCAGAAUGUAAGAGAGUUGUCUAGGCAGAAUCUGAGAGAGAGCGGAGCCUAUUUCUAGCCACUCCUGUUGACAGUGCACCUGAAGGGCCGGGAUGCGCUUUUCUUGGUGUUGCAUGCUCACAACUCUCCUGAAGUCCUGAACUGACUAGAGAGGAAGACUGGGGAAAGCACAGGUACUGAACAAAUGAAUUUUAGUGUGAUUUGUGACUGUGAGGUUUCAUAUAACAUAUUUAUAAAUGUUUCUCAGGUUAAAAGUAUUUAAGAAUACAGUUACCUAAUUGUAAAUACGCUGUUAACCAAAAGAGCUUCCCCUCCCCCACGUUUUCCUUUGUAGGCACUCAACUGCU